AUGAACACAAAAAGGAGGAAGCGUGAAGGCGACUAUCAUGAGGAAAUAUAUACCUAUAAAAAUGACGAAAAAUAUGACGAAGAAUUUUUAGAUAUAGAUAGCAACGUACUAAGGGUGUACGACAAAAAAGGGGGGUUACUUCGCCGACUAAAUAUAUUUUCCCCUAGGGGGAGAAGCAAGAAGGGCGCUAAAAGGGAGGGGAGAGGGAGAAGCCAGGCGAACAGGGUAACUACGAACAUUGUGAAUGACAUAAGGUACAUGGACAUACUACUGUGUGGGGAUAAGGACAGCGGAAAGACCACCUUCCUGAAUUGUAUAAGCUGCGUGGAGAGCUUUCGAUCGGGCAGCGGUGGUGAUGGCGGUUAUAGCGGUCAUAGCGGUGACAGCGGCGGUGUCGGUUGCAUCCCCCACACCCCGCGGAGGAACAAGCAAAUCGUGUGGAAUUACAACCGGCUGGAACUCCUGUCCUACGUCCCCAUCAUUUUCUCCAAACUGACGAACAGAAAUUACGAUGCGCUGAGAAAAACGUUCAAAAAAAAUUUUUUAGACACGGACAUAUGCCAAGCUUCCAUCUUUUUGACGCGGGAUGACUUGCAGUUUAUUAACUACGAGUUUGGUUUAGGGGGAGGCCUAGCCGCUGACCAUUUUGACUACUUGAAGGUGAACUUCUGUGAGUACGGCGAUGAUUUGCUUCGAAAAGUGAGGGCGUACCGCGAGGUGGGAAGCGGAAGAGGGGAGAGAAGCAGUAAAGGGGUGUACCUGGCGGAGUGUACAAAGCGGCGAACAAAGCGACCUCCGAACUGCCCCAAUGACGCAUCCAACUCCAGCACCGUCAUCAACAUCGUGGAAGGCGCGCUUCUACGAAUUAAGGAAACGAAGUACUUAAGCUACUUCAUCAAUUUGAGGAGGUCCUUCCUUUUGGUGAAGUCCACUGCGCGUAUGUACAAAAUUCUAAUGGGGAGAAGGAACAAAAGGAGGAGAGAAAGAACAGUCAACAUUGACGUCAGCGCGGAGGGAAAGGAAGAUCCCAGGGAAAGUGCACUUCUCUACAGAGCUCUUAACGCAAGCAAGUGUACAUUUAAAAGGGCAAACUGCCACCCACGUAAGUCACUUUUUAGGAAGAAAAAAAAUCUAUUCAUCACGAUAAAUGAGGAGCACGUUAUGAACACGUUUGCCUACUUAAGCAUUAUAAAAGAUUUGAAUAACUAUGAUAGGAAGGACGUCCUUUUUGUGGCUACCCGAGCGUUCGAUUUUGAGAAGCUCAGCAAGAGGUUCCACAUAUACUUUAACUUGAGUUACAAUUUGGAGGUCUUCAAUUUUGCGUUUAGGGGUAGUAAUAAUGGUGGGGAGGGAACUACCCAGCGGAGUGGCAGCGGUGGGGAGACCCUCCCCCAAGACGAUAUCUACCGCCUUUUAGAAAAAUGCGUCUUUGAAAAGUGGAAAGUUUGUAAAAGAAGGGCAAAAGGAAUAACCCAAAAGUGCAGCCCCAAAAGUGAUAUCAUUUUUAAAUACCUUUCGGAAAGGAAACUACAACUCAGGGGGGAUCGUCACAAGAGGGAACGUCAUCUCCCUAGUGGGAGGAAGCAACAGGAGGUUCAAAAUAACCUCGGGGGUGCCAAACAUGAAGAAGGUAAUGACCCUCAUUGGUGUGACUCUACUUAUGAGAGGGAGAAAGAAACACUCGGAGGGACGACGGAUCUUUCCUUUUUAUUGGCAGAAAGACGGGAAGUAGCCAACUUUUUUAAAACCUUCUACGAUGAAUACAUUUACAGAAAUAAAAAUAGAGCUUAUGUAAAAAAAUUGGUGAAGGAAAAUUUGGACAUUUGUUUUUUGUUCAUCAAAUUCUGCUUCUACCAUUUUUAUGGCCCUCAAGAGAAGGCAAAAAAAAAAUGCGUGAAGGGAGGCCAGCUGAGCAUAUACAAAUUUGUGUACUUAAAACAGAUUGAAGUGAUUAGAAAGGGAAAGAACCUCUCCCUUUACAACAUUUGCGUUCCAUCAUGUGUGUAUGUUUUUACUAAUUUGCUAAAGAUGAAUUAUGAGGGUACUCCCUUUCGACCCCUACGCGAGCGUAAAAUGGCUUCCCUGCUGAGGUACCUUUUCUACGCUGUUAUUCAUUACAAACUGAGGAAAAGGAGCUACGAUUUUUACAGGCAGGGUAGGAUAGGGGCAAACCACAUCUGCUACUUCACUAGAGGAGUUAUCAUUAACUCUUUGGUGGAUCUGUUUGAAAGGAAGAGGCAACAGGGGGGGGCAAUUUCCCAUUAUGGUCAUUCAGGCGAAGCAAAUCUGGAGAGGCGUACACAAAAGGUAGCAUUGCUACCACCACUCCAUAGGAAGCAUCGAAGGAACAGAAAAAUUCUAAAAGAUGUGCUUAACCGCAUGGACAUGCAUAUGCAUAUGCAACCGUUCACCAUUAUUAGUAGCAUCAAAUCUGACUGGCCACAUUUUAAAAGGUACUUGAUCCAGUUACGCAUGUGUUCGUACUACAGCGGGGCUACUCACGCGUACCCGGACGUGUCCUUCGCGCUGGUGCUGAAUUUUAAGCCGCUUCACCGGCGCGCCAGGGCGUGUGUGCCGGGGGGGGAAGCAGCAGCAGGAGAAGUGAACGAAGCAGACGAAGCGGACGUAGAGGCAGACGCUCACCGGGGGGGGAGCAUCCACUUCGCGCCAGUAAACAACGCGAACAGCAAAAGCAAGCUGCGGGGGAGGUCCAUCUUGCACUUUCCCUUCUCACACAGGCUGCUAAAAUACUUCGUUGAAAACAUCCCCCCUGGGAGGGAUGGCCAAGGGGGGCGCAAUUCCCACACCCUACUCCAGCUACUAUGUAAUCGCUUCUUCAAAGCGCUAAAGAGGUUGUUAUGGUACUAUUACACAGGUGAACAGAUAAAACGUAGCGCAGAAGUAAAGCGUAUUUUUAUUUUAUUAAAUCACGUUAUGGAUGUGUAUUACCUCAUGGCGUACGAGAAUAUGUGCUUCUACGUGGCUCCACAUGGAGAGUUUAUGCUCACCAACGAUUUACACGCUUCGCGCGAAUCCAGGGGAGGUAAUUCUAUUGGGGGGAAAAGAAGAGUCACCUUUCACCUGUACCAAAAUUGUGCUCUGUUCAAUUCAGCCUACUUUCUGUGGGAGGAAAUGAAGUACGGGGGGAAGAAUGGCUCGAUGCGUAGGCACCUUUCGCAUUGGAAGAAGGAUUUGUUUUUUUCAGUGCGUUUGGCGGAGUGA